AUGAGCACCUCUGCCGGAAAGCAGAUCGUACAAUAUGGCCUUACAGAAGUCUACGCGGCGACAGAUCCUCUAGUCGACAUCGUUUUCGUGCAUGGAUUGAACGGGCAUCCACACGAUACUUGGUCUACCAAGAAGCCCGACGUCUUCUGGCCGGCUGACCUCCUCCCUGCGGCGCUUGAAGACCAAAGACCCCGAAUUCUGACCUACGGUUAUGAUGCGAAUGUGACCGCUUUUACCGAUGGCGUGUCGAAGGACAAGAUACAUAACCAUGCAGAACAUCUUGCAAGUCGCUUGGUGGCCAACAGAUCGUUGAGGAAAGCCACCGAAAGGCCCAUCAUCUUCGUCUGUCAUUCCCUCGGAGGCUUGGUAGUCAAGAGAUGUUUGAUAUACUGCCAGAGCAUUCGACGUCACCAACACACCGAACGACUUCGAUCAAUCUACGUCAGCACAUAUGGAAUUCUCUUUCUUGGGACUCCUCACAAUGGCUCUGACCUAGCCAAAUGGGGCUCCUUGCUCGAGAAGAUCUGUGCUGUAGCACUUCCGAAGAAGUUCUUCGAUACGUCUCCUCAACUGGUGCAGGCGCUGCAGACCAACAACGAGACGCUGCAGAAUAUCAAUAGGCUCUUCAUUGAAAUAAUUGGCCGCUUUCACAUCUACUUCUUCCACGAGUCAAAGCCUACCGACCUAAAAGGUACCCGAUCGUUCGUUGUGGAGGAAGAUUCCGCCGCUCCUGUCAUUGAAGGUGUCGAAAGAAUGGGAAUUGAAAAGGAUCACAGCCAUAUGUGCAAGUUCGAGGAUGAAACAAGUCCAGGCUAUGAUGUCGUCGCCGAAGCUGUUCAGAGAUACGCCACUGCGUCCCAGUCACUCAUCCACUCACGCUGGGAGGAAGAGAGACGAGUCGCCGAAUUUGAAAGGCAAGCAGCUGCACGUGAAUUGUUGGGUGAUAGCAUUUUUCAGACGAGCGCAGGGGCCUUGAGCGCAGUCACACCUUCUGGGAUUGCGCAAACAAUCCAGUCAAAUCCAAUGAGUGCGCCUCCUCCCAAACAGAUCUCCGCGUCAACUUCACCCCAGUAUGAGGUUGAAGAGGUCGAGGAUGAUCUCGUCACUGCACCUCAGGACUCUAUAAGCUCAAUCCGAAUGGCUGAACAAUCUUUGACUUUAUCAUCGUCUACUUCCCUAGUUGUUGCUCCGGUGGGCUUCCGCCCCAAUUCGAUUUUUCUUGGCUUUCAAUUGGAAAUGGACCAGCUUGCUCAAAAGCUGGCAAACCAGAGGCGGCGAGCAUUAGGGACCUGUGCCGUUUUGCUGUGGGGACCGCCAGGCUGUGGUAAAAGCCAGAUUGCACGAGAAUAUCUGUGGCGGCAUCAAAGCGAAUAUCCGGCCGGCUGCUUCUGGGUCGACUCCAAGACCAAAGAAUCGCGCUCGAAAAGUUUCUGGGAUAUUGCUCAGGCUGUUGCGAUACUUGGCAACGAUGAACCCCGAGACCCCGGUUGGGAUGAAUCGUCAAGGUUUGUCGACACGGUGCGGAAAUGGUUUGAAUCUCGAGAAGGCUGGCUGCUCGUAUUUGACGGGGUGACGACGGACAAUGACGAGGACAUUGAAGCGUUGGUCUCUUACAUUCCGGAUCGCUCGGGUAACAACAUCAUCUACACGUCGGUGGAUCGGACGCUGGCGAAGCGGCAGAGAUUGCUCAACCCUGCCGGCGUCAAAGUGUUCCCAUUGUCACAGCACGACGCGUGUGCUCUUCUCUACAAGAACCUAGGAAUCAGAACGCCAACUGAAAUGCAGGCAAAGAAGGCUAUGCAGUUGGUGAAACACUACGAAUGUCUACCACUUGCCAUCCACGCCGCCGCCCACGCAUUAAUUGCCAGAGGCACAUCGCUGGAGAAGUUCAGUCCCGGAACUUCAGAUCAUCGACUUGCUGAUCCCUACCUUGACAUUAUCUCAUCGCUAAGAGAGCAUUCGCAUCCUGAGGCCGUCCACCUGGUUACGCUACUGAGUUUUUUCGCGCACGUGAUACCAGUGGCUCUGAUUCGCUUUGGACAACCUGUGUUGCAGGAAUUUGGAAUCGAAAUUCGCUCCGUUGAACAGAUAGGAAGCAUGAAGAAAGAAUUAGACAACACCAUCGCCGUUCUCAUACGCUACGGAUUGGUCGAACGGACCCUACUUGAAUACUGCAUUACACCAUCAAAAAGCUCUUUCGCGCCAGACGAUUCUAGACGGCCACGAGCCAAUACUGCCGAUACCUUUGGCGCAGUGGGGUCUGCCAGUGAGAUAGAGCGAAUCAAACCAAGACUGCUCAAGGAUGACUCCAGCAGCCUUGAAGGAUUAGUCGCGGCUCAUCCAGAGAGCAUGUUGGACGGGUCAUCUUCCCAUUCGAUAACUUACAGCAUCGACAUUCUCCGCAUUCACAGCGUCGUGCAAAAUGUGCUCCGGGAUGAGCUGAAGCUUCGAUAUGCAGAUCAACCAGCACAUUACUGGUGGUGGCUCUGCGUCGCCUCGAAAAUGAUCUGUCACUCUUAUAUGGUCGCAGAUGCCAGAAUCAAGAGCACCGAAGGACGAGGUCUUGUUCGCGACUAUCGGGACUAUGAGACGCAGGCGGCCCGGCUAUGGUCACACUUCCCAAAAUCAUCUGCCGACGCCUCGCCGACGCUGCGCAAAACAAGGCACAACCUUCACGAAACUAUUCGAUUGAUUAAGAAGGAAAUCCAGAGGCAAUCUCCGUCACAAUCCGUCGACAGCCUCAAUCACCGAGUACAAUUCUCGGUAUUUGAGCGGGCCAGCAGCACCUCUUCAGACAGUCCCGCCACUGAAAGCAGUGCUUUGACCAGGGCAUCCACCUGGACGCCCGAACCUACCGACGAUCAGACUGAAUCGCCAGUCCAGAUGCAUCUUGGGUUGGAUUUGGAUGACGACGGGUCCGAGGGCAGCUGGACAGAGAGAUGGUCGCAAUCUGGAAUGGACAACUCGAAGGUCUUGAUUCCGAGUACGAACCGAAGCCGACGUCCAAGCGAAUCUGAGAUGGACGUGACGACGCCGACGGAGGCCAGCUUCAACACUGCGCGUCAAUCCUCAGUUCUCCAAGCAAUCUUCCAAGGACGACCUCACCCGGCCAAAAGACCGAAGGAUCUUGGAGCGUGGAAGCCUAUACCGAUUCCACCCACCCUCUCCCAUGAACAGGCGCAGAUUCGCUCGAGAGCGUCAUCCUUUACCAGCGGCAGCGACGAUCGGACUGCUACGAGGCCUACUUCUACAGGCUCUGACGCCUCGGGUGCUCUUGCGGCCAUCCACCGCGCCAGCCCGCCUCCCGCGAGAGGAGGAAGAAUAAAAUCACCUACGCGUCCACUGUGUAUCAGGCCGACAUUGGACGAAGGACGCCUGCCACUGUCCACUAGAUCUCCCAAUCAGAAAAUGUCACCUUUGGUCACGGAGUUUCUGCCGGGUCAGUCUCUUCCAGCCUAUGAUUCAUUCGAUAUCGCUCGAAAGCACAGCAGGCAUCCGUCGUCGUCACCCCGACUGAUACACACCGCAUUGAACAAUCCGGUGGCGACAAAGAUGGUUCCCGCAAUCCCGAUGGAGGAGAACCUUUCGCUGUCGCGACAUUCUGAAUUUUCCGAGCUGAAGCCUCGUCUAAGACAAGAGGUUGAAGGACGCCUCUCUGCGAAGCCGGUUCCUGGCGGCUACAGCUCACAGCCCAUGUCACGCGAUACAUCCAAGGAAUCAAACGCAUCAUAUGCCACGGCACCUCCAGCAGUACCCGGGUCGGCGUCGCUGGGCACCUCUCCGCAGAUCCGCGAGCCUUAUCUGUACAGCAGACCGGGCCUCGCCUCCAUUGACGUUGCGGCUGCUGCUGCAUGGGAUGACGAGAUUGCUAGUAUUGGCAAUUUGGAUGUGACCUCUCCGUUUGCAUCCGGUGUAUCCUUUGACGGUGCGGACAUUUUCGAGAGGCGCCACGAAAGACUUGGAAGCAGUGUCCAAUUUGGCCAGAUGUCUCCAGUUGAGCUCGAUAGGGCACGAGCGCGUGUCUCGUCGGCUCGUGGCCGGAGCGUAGAUGGACGACUGGCGGACAAAGAUAAACAAGAGAGACGUCCCAGAAGUGGACAGGACCUUAGUAUUUCAAUGCAUAGCGAAGCAUGA